UCCCCUCUGAAAGUUCUAAGGGAAGCUGCUUGGCCAACUCCUAUCCGAAACUUUAGAUUGACUUAUUUAACUACAGUUUUACGCCGUGAAUCUACAGCCGCCUAACUAAUACUUUUCGUGCAUGUUAUGCUGCUACCAGACUAGUGUAAAGUAACUCUAUAGGUUACUCAUGGCAUUAUUUUGGGCGAGACAGCUGUAAUUAUCAGCGCCCUGUUGAUCAGAUCAGGCAGAGGUCGCAGAAGUGCAGUUUAAGGGGUUGGGCUCAAGACUAUAAAAUGACGGAGUAUAAGUUGGUUGUUGUGGGAGCAGGUGGUGUUGGGAAGAGCGCUUUGACCAUUCAGCUCAUUCAGAAUCACUUUGUGGAUGAAUACGACCCCACUAUUGAGGACUCUUACAGGAAGCAAGUGGUCAUUGAUGGUGAGACGUGUCUGCUGGACAUCCUGGACACUGCAGGUCAGGAGGAGUACAGUGCAAUGAGGGACCAGUACAUGAGGACAGGAGAGGGCUUCCUCUGUGUCUUCGCCAUAAACAACAGCAAAUCCUUUGCCGAUGUGCAUUUGUACAGAGAGCAGAUCAAGCGAGUGAAGGAUUCCGAUGACGUCCCCAUGGUCCUAGUUGGGAACAAGUGUGAUUUGGCCAGAACGGUGGACACAAAGCAAGCUCAGGAACUUGCCCGAAGCUAUGGUAUAGAGUUUGUAGAAACGUCUGCCAAGACCAGACAGGGAGUUGAGGAUGCUUUUUACACCCUUGUUCGUGAGAUUCGGCAUUAUCGCAUGAAAAAACUAAACGAUAGAGAGGACAGGAAACAGGGCUGCCUAGGCGUCUCUUGUGAAGUCAUGUGACGGCAAUGCCUCGCCCCUCUGUUUUCUUUUAAGCAGUUUGUUGACCAGGCAGCUGGGUGUUUUACCAACACUCAAUGACAGAUGAUUUUAAGUGGUCAAUCUCAGGUUUGGUUCUUGCUUGUUAACCCUGAGAUUGCUCUCUGUAAUGAGUGUCUGCAGAGUGGGCCUCCUGCUGGCUAAAAGGGAUUAAUGCACAACUGGUCAGCUUUCUGUUUACUUGUUGGGAGGCUGUGAGAGAAAGGUGUGGCCAUUUAAGGGACAUUUAGAUGUUACCAUUUUUACCAAGGUUUGUUUAUCUCACUGAGUAAAAAAAAAAAAAAAGAAGUUAAAUGGGCAUUUGGAUUAGGCAUUGAAUUAUGUUUCCUUGUCUUCUGGGCCCUUUUGAAGACAAUAGUACAAUAGUAUACCUACUAUACAGGCAGGCACAGUUUGCAUUAGUAACCGUUUUGUAUGUAUCAAUUUCUUUUUUCUUAAAUCACCUAAAAUUAUUGCAAAUUCACCUAACUGUACAACUAAUUCAUAAAGAUCAUUAUUAUUAUUAUUAUAAUUAUUAUUGUACUCAUGAAUCUCAUAAAAAAAAAAAAACUUUUUUCCAUUGUGACAUGAUUGUAUGAUAAUUAACGUUCCCCUGAUGCCCAAAAAUGUUAAUUACUGGCAAGUUUUAUUUUUUUGGCGAUGCCCAUUAUUCUCAAUAGCUCAUUACUCAAUAGCUCAUUACUGUAAUACAGCGAUCUUUUUUUUUGUAACAAGAAUUCAUACAUGAAUGGAUAUUUAUUUACUUGAAGCCAAAUACAAUUUCUUAUUUCUUUUGAAUUUAGGGUGAAAUAUGACUUGGACAUGUUCUUUUCAUAUUUAUUAUUUUUUUUUUUUUGAGAUUCACACAAGAAUGUUUGCAUUUCAAAAACAUUCAUUAUAAGAGCUUUCAGUGAAGAGAAGGAACUGUAAAUUGGCUUUAAAUAAUAUACUGUAUGAUUAUCACCAUAAUCUAAAUCUUAAAUUCUGUUUUAAGGGUUUAGACAUCUCUGGCCUGAUGUUGUAAAGGGCUCAGAAUCAAGAACAUUAAAAGCCCUUUAAUCUUAAUCUGCAGGUUCAAUGCUCAGGAAUACUGUGAAAGCAUACAUACUUGAGGAACGUGUGUGGUUAUUUCUCUUUAUUUCUUAACCCCCCCCCCCUCUUUUUUGGCCUUUUUAAUUUAUUUUUUGGCCAUUUUCUCUUUUCUUUCUCCCCUCUGGUCUCAGAUGUCAAUAGUAUAUUUUGACAUAAUUAUUUGGUUAAGAAAGAGAAAAGUCGAUUGAAUUUUAAGCAUGAGGUAUGAUGGAUUUUAGGGCCUUUUGAAUCAUGGUGCUGCUGGUGAACUUGCCAAAUCUGUGUGCCUCCUGUACAGCAUGACAUCCUUUUGCCCUUGAAAUAAUGUCUUAAAUCAUCAAAUGAAAGCUGUAAAAUAAGAUUUAUUUUGUUGGGAUUGUUUAACAGAUUAUCAUACAGUUUGCAGAGAAAGAUUUCAUUUUCUAGCAAUGGUUUGCCUGGAAUUGAAGAACUUAAAACUUCUUUGAUCAAUAAGUUGAAAUGAUUUUUCAUGUUCUUGACCCUCAUGUUAUUUAUAUGGCAUUUGCCUGAAAUGGUCUGAUUUAAUCAAAAAUGAAAUAUUUGGGUUUGCUUUUGGCCUUCUGUCCUAGCACUAAAAGGGUCAGGAUGUUUUCUAGUAAACAAACUAUUCUUGCCAUUACAUUAACUAUCCUUUUUUUGACUUAUGAUUUACGUAUUUUGCAGGGUUAACAGAAUUUAUUGGUAUCACAGACUUUACCUAAUCAGAUGAAAAAUGUACAUUUCAUGUUUAUUUUAGAGAGAGAUAUUCCUGUGUAACAGAUGUUUAAUGUGCCUAUCAUAUUACAAAAUGUUUUAUCAGUAAAUUAGUUGUAAACUGGAAAAAUUGUGUGGAUCUGUGUGUUUGUGUGGUCAUUUGGGCUAUACAUGUGUACAUGCAUGCAAAUGUGUAUGCUUCCA